GGCCGCGGGCGGGACAAGCAGGGGGCGGGCGGGGAGUCCGCCCCUGUCACGCGUGAUUUGCACGAGGAGCGGCCCCCCCGAGCAGCACAUUUCCACCCCUGCUCCGAUUCGCCCCCCUUAGCCCCUGUCAAAAGCGGCCCGCAGCCCCGCACGGGUAAAAGGGCAGGGUGCAGGGCAGUGGCUUCAGCAGAUGUACUGAGCAUGCUCAGUAGCCCCGUACUACGGAGAGCACGUUAGUACACUGCCCCGGCCGCGCGCAGCGCGUUCCUGAGCCGGGCUCUCUUGCGAGCGCCCCUGGAGGCGGCUGCUGGGCGGCCCGCUCAGGGAUCGGCCGGGCUGGGCUGCCUUGGCCGCGUGAGCUCCGAGGUGCGGUUCCCCGCCUUGUUGUCGCUCACUUCUGAGGGGCUGGCCGAGACUCUUUACACUCUGCGCAUGCGCCAUCGGAUACCUUCCGCGCGCAUGCGCGUCCAGCCAUCGUCCGAUCUCUUGCAUACAAGCGCUCGGGGGAGGGGGACGUCAUGACGAAAUGACGCUUGGGCGCGGCGCGGCUCGUUGUUGCCAUGGUGACGGUACACAGCUCACGGGGAGAGUGCGGGCCUCGGAGCCGCCAUGAUCCCGCCGGCGGACUCGCUGCUCCGCUACGAGACCCCGGUGCUGGUGAGCCGCAACCCGGAGAAGCGCUCCCCGAAGGCGCGUGCUUUGAAAGUGAGUCCUCAGCAGCCUGUGUCAACAGGACCUGUGCCACCUCCUCCAAAACCCAAGACGACUCCUACAGCUAUAGAUCCAACAAAACAGGCAGAGGAAAUCUUAAACGCAAUCCUGCCACCAAGAGAAUGGGUGGAAGACAAUCAGCUAUGGAUUCAGCAGGUGUCCACCACUCCCAGUACCCGAAUGGAUGUAGUUCAUCUGCAGGAAGAGAUGGAUCUCAAACUACAGCAAAGACAGGCUCGAGAAACUGGGAUUUGUCCUGUCCGCAGGGAACUCUACUCACAAUGCUUUGAUGAACUUAUCCGUGAGGUUACGAUUAAUUGUGCAGAGCGGGGACUGUUGCUGCUUCGAGUCAGAGAUGAAAUCCGAAUGACCAUCGCUGCCUAUCAGACACUGUAUGAGAGCAGUGUUGCCUUUGGUAUGAGGAAGGCAUUACAGGCUGAGCAGGGCAAAUCUGACAUGGAAAAGAGAAUUGCAGAAUUAGAAGAUGAAAAGCGAGAUUUGGAAAGACAAGUGAAUGAGCAGAAAGCUAAAUGCGAAGCUAUUGAAAAACGUGAAAGUGAAAGACGGCAGGUAGAGGAGAAGAAACAUGGUGAAGAGGUGCAGUUCUUGAAACGAACUAAUCAGCAGUUGAAGGCCCAACUUGAAGGCAUCAUUGCACCAAAGAAGUAGAUUUCCUUGUGGGGCCCUGCAGGAAGAACUCAUGAAACCUUUCUCUGAGCAAGGAGGUUGUGGUUAGUGACCCAGAUCUAUCUCAUUCAUAAUGAUCCUGAUUUCCACACUUAAAAUAACUAGAAACAUUGGAAUUGUAUUCCUUCUCCCUUUCCCUAUUCUAAUAGAUUAAAGUGUUUUGCUAAUUACCGUGACCUCAUUUUCAGUGACUUUUCAGCAUCCAGCUCUUUGUAUGCUGAACACGUCUGGGAUUUGCCUCUGUGAUUCUCUAACCUAUCACCGUUAAGGUCAUACUCUUUUUAAUAAACUUUUUUUACAGUA